AUGGAGAUAAAACAUCCCAUCUCAGAAAUCCCCGAUCACAACGAAACCCCCUCUAAACCCACAUCCCAGAAUACAUACCAAGAAAGAAUGGGCUGGAACCUAGACUACAGCGCCAUAACCCCCGGACCAGGGGGCACAGUCAUGCUCGGUGAAAAAGGCGGUGCCGAGGCCGUCGCACGCCGGGCCAAAGAGCGUCGAGCCCGAGAACGGGAACUUGCCUUGCAGGAAGGCAGGUUGGCGGAUGAUGCCGUGUCGGAGACGACGCUUGUGCCUCAGUCGACGCAAUCAGGGUCAAUCGGUGGUGGCGAUGUGAAGCCAGGAUCUAGUUUCCAAGGCAAGGCGCUGAACUGCAGGAAGAUAGCAAAGGCCGUGUCUGAGGGUGAUGGUGCUCCGGAGGUCAGUGGAAAGAAGAGCGGGUUUAGAGCGAGGUGGAGGGAGUUUAGGGAGAGAAAUUUGCCGUGA